GCCACCCACUUAACAUUGUUUCCUUUCCCACCCAGUGGAAGUCGUGAAAAUUUAUUAACUGCAGAUUCGGAAAACGGAAGUGGAAUUUGAAGCAAUGAGUUAUAGAAGGGAUCACCGCUCUUCGAAAUCAGCUCUAUUUGAUGGCCUUGAUAAUCUUGAAGAAGGUGGUAUAAGGGCUUCUUCAUCUUUCUCUCACGAUGUUAAGGACCAUGACAAUGGCAAAGCUAUAGAGAGCUUGCAUGACAGAGUUGCUUUUCUGAAAAGAUUAACAGGUGAUAUACAUGAUGAAGUGGAGAGUCAUAAUCGUAUGCUUGACCGGAUGGGCAAUGGCAUGGAUGCUACAAGGGGCAUAAUGUCUGGCACCAUGGGUCGGUUCAAGAAGGUGUUCGAGAAGAAGUCCAACAGGAAAAUGUGUACACUGGUGAUGGCCUUCGUGGUUUCCUUCUUAAUAAUAUACUAUCUCUUUAGGAUGCUUCGAUAUGUCCGUGGUUGAAGAAACUGCAACAUUCUUGGAAGUUUGGUCCGUAUACGAGAACCGAAUGUCUGUCAAAGGCACCAAAAAAAUCCCAUUUCUUUUCUUGAGAAUCUGGUACUGCUCGCAGUUUGCUAGCACGGUAGUUCAUUAUAAGAAGAAAUUCGAAUCGCAGUUCAACUGGUUUAAGGCAGGCAGUCCCCCCCACAUUUGAAUGUUGUAAUGUUGAUUUCAGCAGACAAUUGUUUUUUUACCAAAGAAGUAAAAAACAGAAAAAAAUGAGAAUUGAAAUUUAUAUAUAUAGCAUAUUUAUAGCUCCAA